AUGGAAAACCUGAUGUUUGUCUGCUGCUCCUGUAAAGUUAUCUGGACUUUACUUGUAACAAUCCUAGGCUAUGCCAGCAGCUUGCCUGUGAGUGAUGAUUCUAUUUGCACAGCAGAGGAACUUGCUAAGUACAGCAUAAUCUUCACAGGGAAAUGGAGUCAGACUGCCUUCCCUAAGCAGUACCCACUUUACAGGCCCCCAGCACAGUGGUCAUCCAUGCUAGGUGUUACUCAUAGUUCUGACUACAGCAUGUGGAAAAAAAAUGAAUAUGCCAGCAAUGGUGUGCGUGAUUUUGCUGAAAAGGGUGAAGCAUGGGUAUUGAUGAAAGAAAUAGAAGAAGCUGGAGAGAAAAUUCAGAGUGUACAUGGAAUCUUCUCGGCUCCUGCUAUUUCCAGUGGCACAGGACAAACCUCUACUGAAUUAGAAGUGCAUCCAAGACAUCCCUUAGUUUCGUUUGUUGUGCGGAUUGUCCCAAGCCCUGACUGGUUUGUGGGUAUUGACAGCCUAAAUCUCUGUGAAGGAGACCACUGGAUGGAAGAAGUAUCAGUAGAUUUAUUUCCAUACGAUGCUGGAACUGAUAGUGGUUUCACAUUUUCCUCCCCAAACUUUGCCACUAUUCCCCAGGACACAGUUACAGAGAUCACUUGUUCCUCCCCAAGUCACCCAGCAAACUCAUUUUAUUACCCCAAACUCAAAUUUUUGCCACCUAUUGCUCAAGUAACUUUGAUGAAAAUAAAGAAAAGCCAGCCAGGACUUCCUCCACCUUAUAUUGCUGUUCCAGCUAAAACCAAUGAAAUAAUAGACUCCGUCUCAGAAACACCACUGGACUGUGAGGUUUCACAAUGGUCUUCCUGGGGUCUCUGCAGAGGUGUCUGCAGAAAAACAGGGACCAAGAUCAGAACCCGAUUUGUAUUACUUCAGCCUGCAAAUAAUGGAAUGCCUUGUCCGAAUCUGGAUGAAGAAACAGGAUGUGAACCAGAGAAUUGUGUCUGAAAUAAAGAAAAGAGAAUAAUUUAGAUUAUUUAAAAGUAGGCUAUGUUUAACUAAAUCUAAGCUACACGUCAGCCAAUGUUCCUUAUAAAUCAGAUAUGCUGCACUAUUUUGCUGAAAAGGUGUAUUAGGCUGGUUUUGAAACCUGUUGUUUAAUACCAGGAUUUUGGGGGUUUAAAUUCCUGAGGUUUAGUAUGACAACUGGACUCGAUCAUUGACAAACCAAAAAACCCCAAAUAAAUCCUUGCUAUAAAUAUACUGUAAGUUCUUGGAGUACCCUCUAGUGGCAGAAAAG